AUGACUAUCAAAAGUGACAUGCUGAGGGCCGUAGUGGCGUCAGGCUCCAAGUUGGGGAAGAAAAUCAAGAGUACGAUGGACGAAGGGAAACUGGUCAGCGAUUCCAUGGUGGUGGAAAUGAUUGACCAGAACUUAAACAAACCAGCUUGUAGAAACGGGUUCCUGCUGGACGGAUUCCCACGCACAGUCGCUCAGGCUGAGGCGUCGCUCAGGCUGAGGCGGGAGAAGGAUCUUAGUCUGGGUAUCCCUACCCACCCCCACACAUUACCGCUGACUAAACCAGAGUGUAAAUUAGAGAGAGGUUCCUCCCCAAUAGAUUCCCAUGAAGUCACUCAGGCUGAGGAAGUAAGCAUUAACCUCAGGGACAGGGAUCUUAGUCUGGAUACCCCUACCCACCCCCCACACUCUACUCCUGACCAAACCAGAGAGUAG